CAGCAUCGCGCUCCGCUCGGCUGUGCUGAGAUCGCUGCGUGGCCGCCGCCGGGACUUUAACUUCUUUCCCCCUUGUGUCCGGCGCAGAGGCGAGCAUGCUGGCCGCCAGGAGGGCUCCGGGCUGGCGGCGCCUCUGUUGGCUUCUGGGGCUCUGGAGCGUCACGCUUUGGCUGCCUACCCAAGGAUGCCCCAGUAAGUGUACCUGCUCCGGACCCAACGUGGAUUGCCACGGGCUGGGACUCAAGACGGCGCCCCGAGGCAUUCCGAGGAAUGCGGAACGACUAGACUUAGACAGAAACAACAUUACAAGGAUUACAAAGGUGGACUUUGCCGGGCUUAAGAAUCUUCGUGUUCUGCAUUUGGAAGAGAAUCAAAUUAGUGUGAUAGAACGUGGAGCAUUUCAAGAUCUAAAGCAACUUGAACGGCUGCGUCUGAACAGAAAUAAACUUCAAGUUCUUCCAGAGCUCCUUUUCCAGAACACACUGAAGCUAACCAGACUGGAUUUAAGUGAAAAUCAGAUUCAAGGCAUCCCAAGGAAGGCUUUUCGUGGAAUUACUGAUGUGAAAAAUUUGCAACUGGACAACAAUCAGAUCAGCUGCAUUGAAGAUGGAGCCUUUCGAGCCCUGCGUGACUUGGAGAUUCUUACUCUCAACAACAACAACAUUACUCGCAUCCCUCUGACCAGCUUCAACCAUAUGCCAAAGAUCAGGACCUUACGACUUCAUUCCAAUUACUUAUACUGUGACUGCCAUCUGGCUUGGCUUUCUGAUUGGCUGCGUCAGAGGCGAUCAGUUGGACAGUUCACAUUCUGCAUGGCACCUGUUCACCUGAGGGGAUUUAAUGUUGCUGAUGUUCAGAAAAAAGACUAUGUCUGCACAGGUUUGCAUACAGAACCUCCUUCCUGCAAUGCCAAUUCUAUCAGUUGCCCAUCUACUUGUACUUGCAGCAACAAUAUUGUGGACUGUCGAGGAAAAGGCUUAACUGAAAUUCCAGCCAACCUUCCAGAGAAUAUUGUGGAAAU